AUGGUUGUUUUCUUUUCUCGUAUUUUCCGGCGCAUGAUGUCAACUGGUCCUACUAGUCACUUUGUCACUUUACCUAACCGUUCAAUUGUUCAGGCUAAUGGGAAAGUUGAUCAAGGUUCGCUUAAACUUCACUAUUGGGAAUGGGAGGGUCGUCAACCUACUAUAAUCUUUUGUCAUGCUGCUUCAUUUCAUGGUCGAUGUUAUGAUCCGAUUAUAAAUGAAGCUUUGCAUGGUUUUCAUGUAAUCGCUUUAGAUUUCCGUGGUCAUGGUCGAUCACAAACACAUCCUCCUCCUUAUCGUUUUCGAUGGUUUGCUGAGGAUGUUUUACAAUUUAUUGAAACGCUCAAUAUCCCAACAAAUCAUCUUAUAGGUAUUGGCCAUUCAGUUGGUGGAUAUGCUUUGACUAUGGCAGCAGCACUAGCAUCAAAACGACUGUUUCAAGCAUUACUGUUACUUGAUCCAGUUAUUUUCUCACCGUCAACGUAUCACGAAUCUGAUACUAUUUCGUUUGAUGUAAAUUACAUUCGUCGUCGAAAAAGCCAAUCGUCAUCUGUUAACGAUAUGAUUUCAAGACUCGAAAAGCGUGAACCAUUUUCACGAUGGCCACAACAGACUCUUCGUAAUUAUUGUACUUAUGCUCUUGAUGAAAAUCAUAAACUGGUAUGCGAACCUGAAGGUGAAGCUUCGAUCUACGAAACAAGUACUCAAUCCGAUUCAAAUAUCUAUCCGAUAAUUGAAAAAUCAAAAUUUAUUAACGAAAUUCCAAUCCAUAUAGUUCGAACUUCAACAGCAACUUCUUCGAAUCCUUUCGAUGCAUCCCCAACGAAUCCUGACCUUUACAAAUCAUUCCGAAAAGGACAAGAUACACAACUAGAAAACACGAAACACUUCUUUCCUAUGGAACAACCAGAGAUAGCAAUUGAUUUAGUGAAAAAGUUGAUAGAACAAAAUCUAAAUGUAUUUUCACAUCUAUAA